AUGGCAACUGGAGUGGAUGACGUGUUCUCCAGUGACACCAACCAGCACUGGGAGAUGAAGCGAAAGGCUUCCUUCUCAAAGCUGACAGGCGCAGUGCCGCGAACCAUCCCCGGUAUGUAUAACGUUGUGGAGGACCCGCAUGCAGACGACAAGAAAGAGAAACUAUGGAAACUCAUGGAAACAUACUUGCCCUCCGACGUGCACUCCAUUCAGAGAAGCAUAGUCAACCAUGUGGAGUAUACACUUGCAAAAACCCGGUUCAACUUGGACCCGGAGUCGUGCUACAGGGCUGCCGCCUUCUCUGUUCGCGACCGUCUCAUUGAAACUCUGAAUGACACAAACGCUUUCUUCCAUGAGAAGGACGUGAAGAGGGCCUACUACCUGUCAUUAGAGUUUCUGUUGGGCCGUG